GUGCUUUGGCGUUAUUUCUGAAUAGUACUUAAUGAGCCUUUGUAGCGUUCAAACAUACGCAAUGUUUUCUUCCGACUCGGAAAGUGAUUUCGAUGAAGAUCUUCAAUUUCUAUUAGCAUUGAAACUUCUUGAGGGCAAAAAAAGGAAGAGAAGAUACUGGGUUCACCCUUUAAACAGAGAGAGACAAAGGCGAAUUUCAUCGUCUUGUUAACAAAUUAGAGUGAUGAAGAGAAAUUUCACCAGUAGGUAGGUACUUUAGAUCGUCAGUCAUUUAUUUUACUGCGAAUUGCUGCUAAUAUAAUAAAUUUAAAAAUGUGCGGUAGAUGUUCGCGCCACAAGCCAUGCGCCGGUAGAAACCCCCACCUCUGGCGCGAUCGGUGGCGAGUAGUCGGCGCCACGAUAGAACGCGUUGCGACACGACACGACAUGCAAAUAUGUCCCUAACUAAACUAUAUUUAAUGUAUGAAACCGAUAUGCUUCUGGCGUGUCACGCACGACACGUAAAUAUGUUUCCGCCUUUAAUUGUGUAAAAGGGUUUGGACCUACUUGUGCAAAUUUUGUUGAUGCUAUACCUAUUUCUCAUACUUUGGUACAAAAGUUUGUUUUUCUAAGGCACGGUUCAGCUGUCCUAACCGAUAUUUUUGUUGUUGAUAAACUCCACAGAUGGAGUUAGCUUCGAAGUAAGUUCAAAAUUUGUGUAACGAGAAACUAAUUCAGCGAUGUAAGGGAAGGAGUCUUGAGUACCUAUACAUGUGCGAAUACACAUGUAUGAAUGUUUUAUUCUAUGAUGCAUACAUAUACAUAUAUACAUGUACUUACCUAUGCAAUUUGUCUGGCUAGGCUGGUGAAGCUUACUUAUUUGAGGCAGUAUGACAGUAUACACUGUAUUAUAGUUAAAUUUGGGAUUCUGGGUUUGGAAAGCUGUCAUUUUAAAUCUCAAACAUGGCCUUCCAGUCUUUACAAAGAUUGUUGGCUGAGUCUACCCCGUAAGCCUUCAAGGGAUGAAGUACUUACAAUGUACAGAUACACAUACCUACAUUUCAACCCUGUCACUUUUCCGUUAAGUAUAGCAUUGUUUCAAGAAUUACCUAAAUAAAGAAUUAUAAAAUGGAUAGCCGCUUGGUUUUUAAAAUACUUAACUAUGUUUAGCAUUUUUUCAUAAUUUAAAAUAAUCAGGUAGGUACCUACCUCGAUUUCAAACUAACACAGGGCUACCUACUUUUAUUCAAAAAUCAUACCCAAAGGAAUAUUAACUACAUGUUAUUUGGGUAUGAUAGUUGAAAAUCCCUUUAACAAUGGACCGAUUUUGAUGAAAUUUGAUGUGGAAAGAGUCUGAAAGUGUACUAAGGAUGAAUAAAUUUCUUUAUGCUGACUGACGUCAUCAGCCACAGAAAUACAGAAGAAUCCCCUGUAAGUUAAGUUCGUAACUUCGAGUUUGUAAUGAAAGAAAGGCAAAAAGGUGAACCAAAGUAUCGAAAAGCUCUAUUUUCGAAAAAAGAAGAAAAUUGAAUGAUUUUGGGAAUGGAAUUUUGUGAUGUGAACAAAGAUUCCGUUGUGUGACUAAGUUUACUAGAUAACUAAGUAGUUAGGUAUUAUUAGCUGCAGCUGUUAAGCGUUCUGGAAGGCUGUGAAUGAAAUGAUCAUCAUCAUCAAGGUUACGAAUAUAAUAACCAAAAUCGUUCGUUGCUAAAAAUUGCAAAAAUGCGAUUAACAUUAUCACAGGAUGUGACUUCCGCCUGAUGGACACUCGUACUUAUAUGCCGAGCCGCCAGUCGGCUUGCGGAGGUUCCAGCGGCCCGUGCGCCGCUACCUAGCCGGGGAACUAUCGGCCUCAACACCCUGUUCCGUCUGCCCGCAACCCAGCGCCAAUCUACUCAAAAUCAUCGGCCAUGAAGACUGCCUCUGUCUCAAUGUCUUCGCUCCGAAGAUGCCAGGAAAUGAACAAGGUUCCCCGGUCGUAGUUUUCAUUCAUGGAGGCAACUACAAAACAGGUUCGGCAUCUCCUUAUGGUGGUAAGCACCUUACUCAAGAAGAUACCGUACUGGUGGUACCACAAUAUAGAUUGGGAUCUCUGGGGUACAUAACAAAUGGAAAUAGAGAGGCUUCCGGAAACGCCGGCUUGUAUGAUCUACUUGUCGCAAUGACUUGGGUUAAAGAUUACAUCGAAUUCUUUGGUGGAGACCCAACUCGAGUUGUAGUCAUGGGUCAGGGAUCCGGAGGUAGCACGGCGUCGCUUCUGGCGAUGUCUACUGAAGGCCGCACCGCAACUGGAGUUGCUGCCCUGUCGGGAACCCCGCUGUCACCAGGUGCGGUCCGGGCUAACCCUGAAGACCACGCGAAAGAAAUCGCCAAUCGCACUAACUGCCCUCCAGAGCCAGUGGAACGAUUUAUUUUGUGCCUUCGAAAAUUACCAGCUGAAAAAAUUAUACAGGCUGAUAUUGGGGUCGACACUAACGUUGAUACAGAUAAAUUCUUGAACGAAAUCUCUGGAAGGGCAGGGACCGGAGCUCGAGUAGAAGGAGAAUUCGACGAUCGAGGUCUACCGACCUUAGUUGAUGAGGAGCCAGGCGACGUCUUAAAGAAGAAAAAGCAGCGUGUUCCACUCUUCACUGGCGUCACUUCAGCAGAAACUAGACGAAUUGUUUUUGGCAAAUAUUCUGGCUUUUUAAAGAAACAGUUGCGUGGAGUGUCAGACUUUAUAAAGAAAGAAAUAAUUGGGCGCUUGCAAAACACAGUGAAAACAAUCAAUACCAUUUUCCCCGUGAAGAAGACGGCAGAAGAAGCCUUACAGCAGUUGCAGCCAGUGGUGGGGUUGCAGGAGUACUACCACAGGAUUUUGGAUAAUUCUAUUGCCGCUGUCGAGGGUCUGACCAAGAUAGUGGAGGCGACAGGGGAUGCUCUGUUUAACUUCCCGGCGUACCAGAGCGUCCGAGCGUGGAGUUUCGGCGCCCCCUCCUACCUUUACAGCUUCGAGUUCGUGGGGAACCUCACCAAAGGCUCGCAUUUUCUACCUGGAGUCGCCUUAGCUGAAAGUUCUGAAGAGUCUGCUGAAGCCAAAGAAAGCACUUUAAAAGGUCCGGCGCAUGGAGAUGAACUUGCAUAUAUUUUUGACCCAUUAGACGAAGAGGGUAACUCCAUAGAGAAUGAUGAUGUGUCGUCAACAGAUAGUGGAGUACGCAAAGCAUUUGUUGGCAUGAUAGCAAAAUUUGCUCGAGACCUUAAUCCUAUGGGCAAAAAAAAUGAUACAAAGUUUUUGGGUUUCCUGCCGUAUUCUAAGGAAAAUGAUCAGUUUUUGAGAAUUAAUGAUAAAAUUGCUUUAGACAAAAACUUUAGAUUCUGUCAAAUGGGGUUAUGGGGCAAUAUGGCAGAACGAUUAACGGGCGCUCUUUGCAAAACAUUAUUUGAAGGUUUGCUGAACCCCUUGAAACUACUAACACCAAUGACGGUAAAUCAAACAGGAUUAGCCAAUCUACUGAUGCCUCCAACAACGGGACAGUUCAUAAAGAAUGGCGCAAAACCUACAUACCAGCCUCUUGUUCCUGGUCUUUUGAACGUUAAUAAAAAACCAGAGUCGGUUAUAGUAAACCCGAAUAGACCUACUUCUAAAGUGGUUAUUCCAGGCUUUGUCGGUGUAACAACCAAAAAAUCAGUUAAAAAUUCAAACGAAAAAGCGGAUGAAGAUAAGGAAGAAAAUGCCUCAAGAACAGCAAAUGUAUUACGCCUAUCCCGCCCCGGCCGGAGGAGACACCGUGAAUAUCGGGUAUUCAACUACAGGAUCGUCGAGUACUACAGCAGCAACCACGAGUGGUGUUACUGCGUCAACCGGUGGCGGCUAUUCCUAUGGAUCGUCAGCCACAGCUCCGUCUACAUCGGGAAGUUCUGCUUCGGGAGCAAACGCUGGAUACAACUACAAUAUUCCAACAUCGGCACCUGGAACAGCAGGUUCUGUAUCGCAAACAACAGGUUCUGUAUCGCAAACAAUAGGUUCAGUAUCGCAAACGGUAUCAACCAACGCACCGAAGUACUUACCACCUUCAACGGGAGCAGUUGGCCCUGGUGGUGUAUCCAUUAACGUCCCAUCAGGCGGAUCGACAACUGUUGGCGUUUCUACAACAACACAAACAAAUUCAGGCGGAAUUGUAGUACCUAAUACAGACUAUUUGCCGCCUCUUCCCAAUCAACCCUCU